UCAGAUGUUUGACUUUAAUGAGAGUUAUAGGGUUAAUGAUCAAACCUGGAAGCGGGUCUCUCUCCUGGAGCCUCAGGGACUGUGUUUAUAAGGAAGAGAAUCCCCUCUCGAGCACCAGAGUGUUUGUGGCUGCCUGACAACAGACAGUGGAAGCCAUAAGAAUGAAACUCGUAAUACUGUCGUGCCUCCUUGCAGGCUGCCUGGCUCAGGAUCCUCGACCAUGCUCAAGUCCUCCUCUUCUCACCGGAGCCCUCACUAUGUCCACACAGAAGGGAAAUCUGUGGCUCUAUGCCAAGUACCUGUACGAUGCAAUGGGACAACGGAUCAGACUCAUGGAGCUGGGGGCCUAUGAGAAUAAGACGUUCAGCUACGACGUUCUCCUGCUCUACAGAGAGGCUACCGUGUAUGAGAUUCACAGGCACAACCGCACAUGCAACAAAAGGCCUCUGAAGGGAGACUUCCAACCCAUGGUUAUCCCAAAAGAUGCGUCUCUGUUGGGCCAGGUUAUUUUAGGCAGCUCUUCCGGACCUGGACAAGGACUCCUGGUCAACACUUGGAUGUGGGAUCUCCCCGAGAAAGCAGGGAAGUUCAUGACCACAGUCACUGAAUUUGGUUGCAUUCCUGUCAGUACUGUGUUCCACACCGACCAGCUUGGAUGGGUGUUGUCUAGCUACUUUGACAAUGUCAUUGGGAUUUUGGACCCCGACGAGCUUAACCCUCCAGCCUACUGCCAGCACGCGGAGAUGAAGGCUGGUGAUGAGGAGCCAGUGGACUUCUUCAGCUUGUUCAAUAACAAGCACUGAGGGACACCUUUAACAUACAAUUUAAAAUGAAACAAAUAGAUCAUAGCCUUUUUCAUAUAACAUUUACUCCUGGAAAAAAUGUUGCAUCAACAAAAUGAUGCAACCGACAGUAGACAGGUUUUUGAAAACCUUUAAUUUUUUUUAUUUUACAAUUUUCUGUCUUGAAUUUAUGGCUGGAAUUAUGAAUGUUUUCUGAAGUAUAAUCUUGUGAUUUCUAUCAAUAAAGAUAUAAGUAUAAAAAGCA